UGAACUUGACAAACAACCCAUCCCUUCAAUUCCCAAGUGGUCCUCCUAAAUUGAUAGUUUGAUACCCACCUCACUCCUCAUCCUACACACACCUUCUGUUCGACUUCCUCUUAUCCAACGAACCUUCGCUUCCUUUUCUUGCCAAAUAUUACAAAUAAUGAAUUGAACCCAUAUAACUUUUCAACAGCUUUUCAGUCUCUGAGUUGGAAAAAUUGCCGAGCUAAACCAUGACAAGUGUAGUAGUUUGGAGCAAAGGAGAAGAGAAAGCUUUUGAAAAUGCUAUUGCAAUGCAUUGGGUGGAUGAGGACUCCAAAGAGCAUUGGGAGACGAUUGCUUCAAUGGUUCCCAGUAAGAGUAUGGAAGAAUUGAAGCAACACUACCAAGUGUUAGUGGAAGAUGUGCGUGCAAUAGAGGCAGGACAUAUACCACUUCCCAACUACUUAGGAGAGGAAGCAUCAUCUUCUAACAAAGACUGUCAUGGCUCUUCUGGGGCUACGGCUUCGGAUAAGAGGUCAAAUUGUGGUUAUGGAAGUGGGUUUUCAGGAUUAGGACAUGACUCAACCGGGCAUGGAGGGAAGGGAGGGUCGAGGUCGGAACAAGAACGGCGAAAAGGAAUUCCAUGGACAGAAGAAGAGCAUAGGCUGUUUUUACUUGGAUUAGACAAGUUUGGCAAGGGGGAUUGGAGAAGUAUUUCAAGAAACUUUGUCAUUUCCAGGACUCCCACACAAGUGGCUAGUCAUGCUCAAAAGUACUUCAUUCGCUUGAACUCCAUGAAUAGAGAUAGAAGGAGAUCUAGUAUCCAUGACAUUACAAGUGUGAACAAUGGAGAUGUCACUUCUCAUCAAGCACCAAUUACAGGCCAACAGAUACACAUGAACCUGUCAAGUGUAGCCGCUAUAGGACCGCCAGCAAAGCAUAGAGCUCCACCGCAUAUGCCUGGUUUAGGCAUGUAUGGAAUGCCGGUAGGGCAUCCGGUUGCUGCUCCACCAGGGCAUAUGGCAUCGGCAGUUGGAACUCCUGUCAUGCUUACGCCCGGACCCCAUCCCCACCCAUAUGUUGUCCCAGUUGCUUACCCUAUGGCACCUCCCCCAAUGCACCAAUAACAUUCCUAUCUUCCGUAACCAAAGUUUUCCAAGUUAGCAUUCAGAGGAAGUGGUUUGUGCAAUGAAAAAUCACGUUGCAUCAGAAACUCAGUUAUGCACAAAUCACAGCUCUGUUGUAUCUAAUUUGGAUCAUUCCUACUUAUUGGUUGCUUUAAAAGAUAGCAUGUUCUUGCAUUGAAUGAAUAACGUCCAUUUUCAACUGAAAGGAUACACUUUUUUUUUUU